UCGUCUGGCUGUCAUCUAUGCCCCAUCUUGUGACAAAAUACUGAAACAUCCGACGCAAGUGGUAAUGUGUGUGCUCACGGGAAGUAAAUAAUAAUGAUCGAUAAUGAUCAUAAUGACCACCAAUGAAUGUUCUGCGAAGGUUAGUGUUUGGAAAGAAAGGGAGACAGAUUUGUUAGGAGAGUGUUAUCUUUCGAAAGAGAAAAGGGGCAGCACUAAUGAACCAGGCACAGCAGUUCGUGAAUACGACAGUGAAGGAGAAGUAGACGUGAACGGAUCCAACCCAGGAUGGGCCGAUGCUAUGACUAGAGUCCUCAACUCUAAGAAACCGCGGAAGUGUCGGUCCAUUGUUUUGUCUAGAGCGAAGAAGCUGAAUGAGCCUGCUAAAACUGUAAAGGAGGAAGAAACAGCAUUUGAAGUGGGAGGUAUAAAGCAGGAAGUUGCAAGUCCUGAGAAGCACACAAGAAGGAAGCAGCAAGAACUGCAGUGUAAAUUCAGAGUGAAGCCAAGCAUUCUGGAUCGUGACCGUGAGAAGAGGCUCAGCAAGAUUGCAACCAGAGGUGUGGUGCAGCUCUUCAAUGCAGUACGCCAGCAGCAGAAAAGUUUGGAGUCCCAGCUGAAUGAAGCUGGUAGCUCAGAAAGGAAGAGGGAUAAAGUGAUGAAGUCACUAGACAAGCGAGCAUUCCUAGAUAUCCUGAUGGGCCAUUCUCACAGUGAACCUGUGGACAGUUCCAUCAAGUUGGAGGCUGAACUGAAGGAGGAGAAGUCCCCUACGUGGCAUGUUCUGCGUGAUGACUUCAUGACAGGGACAGCUCGACUCAAGGACUGGGACAAAAUCAAUGCGCCGACAUGAAGAUUGAUGGACUUUGCUGCUAAUAUUAGUUCUUGAUGAAAGUAAAUUCUGGAAAUUGUUAUUCAAAUUCACAUAAAAUCUGGAUUGAGAGCCAAGAAUACGUUGUAAAAUUAUAAGAAUUGUAUAUAUUGCUCAUUGCAUAAAAAUAUCGAGAUGAAAAUCUUAGAUUUAUUAAGCAUUGUAAUAACAUAAAAGUGAAAGUCAUAUGAAAGGCAUGUUGAUAACAUUA